AUGCCCAUCCCCGUCAAGGAGACGGUCACGCGCCUCGCGACCAUCUCCAAGCUCCUGCUAUUAUCCUACAUAAUCGACUGGAUAUUUAUCAUCGGCAUCGCGCUAAUCGGCUACGGAUUCUACAAACAACCCCCAAACCACCAUGCCUUCAGCCUAAGCGACCAAGCAAUCAGCUACCCAUACACCAAAGAAACAGUAACAAUAACUACCCUAUACCUAGUCUCCCUCUUUGCCCCGGCCAUUCUAGUCUUCCUGGGCUCAUGGCUACUCGUGCCACCCAAAGCCACCUCCUCCACCUCUGACCCCACCCCCAAACCCCCCGCAGCGCAAUACAUCCGCCGCAAAUUCUGGGAAUGGAACGCCGGCUGGAUGGGGCUCGCGCUGGCCCUCGCAAGUACCUGGGCCGCAACACAAGGCCUGAAGGUUCUUAUCGGCAGACCACGACCUGACCUUCUGGCCCGCUGCAAUCCAGACAUAGCGCGUAUUGCCGAGUUCACCAUUGGUGGGCUUGGGGAGUCGGUUCGUGGUGCCACGACGCUGGUUUCAUGGGAGAUUUGUCGCAACAAGAGUGAUUCAUUGCGUGUUGAUGGUUUUGCGAGUUUUCCGAGUGGGCAUUCUUCUUUCUCCUUCGCAGGCCUCAUCUACCUAACCCUCUGGCUGUGCUCGAAAUUUUCCGUGGCAUUCCCCUAUCUCCCAGUCUACCCAAUUGAAGACCAGAGCCACAGCGAGGACAGUACAUCUGUACGGAAACGCGGUGCAGCACCGCCCGUAUACUUAAUGCUAAUUGCGUUCGUGCCGACUGCAACAGCGUGCUUUAUUGCUGCGUCACGCUGGUUCAAUUACAGACACCAUGGUUUUGAUAUUUUCUUCGGCGCGGCCAUCGGCAUCUUCUUCGCUUACAUUGGGUUUAACAUGUAUCAUCUCCCGAUUCGCCGUGGCGCAGGCUGGGCUUGGGGUGCGCGCUGUCGAAGACGCGCCUUCAUGCGGGGAGUUGGGUUUCCUAGUUCGUUGGGGACCGAUGGGUGGGCUGGUGAGAGAGGCUUGGAUGUUGAUGUUGAGGGUGCGGCUGCGAUGCGAGAGAUGAUGUUUAGGGAGCAGGGACAAGGACAUGCACAUGUUCAUGCACAGGGACAUGUUCAGCCAGAGAAUAGCGAUAGUAUGGCCGCUAGACUUGAGGGGUGA